GUGAUUAACCAAACUAUGUACACCCAGGUGAUACUAGAGUAAAGGCGGUUGGUCGGUUUACCCGGUUAGCUAACUUCAACGCCAUUACUUCACAGGUAGGGCUGGACUACAGCUCGGUUUCCCAACAUCCGGUGAUUGUGUCAUGCAAUUCGGGCACUUCCUUCUCCUGGAAACCCGCUCCUCUCGCCUCUGUGGUUCCCACCCAAACAAACAAAGCUGUGUUGGAUAUUUUCUUUUCCCCCCUCAGAAACGUUAAUUACCUCUACCUGCAGCCAGCCGGGCCCCUUUAGGUAGCCGGAGUUGUUUUUAGAGAAUGGAGGGCCUGUGAACCGCAGACGAUGUUUACCGGCUCUGUGUGUAACCUUAUCCAACUGACUACUUGCUCGUAAUUUCAACCAUUGCACAACAGUGUCGGCAACGUUAACCUAGCUAGCUGCCACUCUCCGUGUCCAGACAGCAGUCGGCGUAGCAAGGCUGGGCAGAAAUGACGAGCGAUUUGGCUGUGACCGUCGUUACUACUUCGCAGGUGUGUUAGCCACGGGUGAAAGCUCCGGUUUGGCUCCUAAUGUUGAGGGAGAUCUGUGAGUCAAGCUAGCUACCAGCACACUAAGCAGCCCAGGAGCUGCCCCGUAUAUUAACCGUCCCUCCUCGGUUUGCUGUGCCGUGGUCUUGUCCUGGGCUUUUCCAAACUCAGUUACUAUGAGUGCAAUGCGUGUGGAUGCCAAAGUGGUGAUGCUGGGAAAGGAGAGUGUGGGCAAGACCAGCCUGGUGGAGAGAUAUGUCCAUCAUCGGUUCUUGGUUGGCCCGUAUCAGAACACUAUCGGUGCUGCUUUUGUUGCCAAACCAAUCCAAGUGGGAGAGAAAGUGAUUACCCUGGGAAUAUGGGACACAGCUGGAUCAGAGCGAUAUGAAGCUAUGAGCAGGAUCUACUACAGAGGAGCCCGGGCCGCUAUAGUGUGCUAUGAUUUGACUGACAGCAGCAGCUUUCAGCGAGCUCAGUUCUGGGUGAAAGAGCUGCAAAACUGUGAGGAGCACUGUAAGAUCUACCUGUGUGGGACUAAAAAUGACCUGAUUGAAGGAGAUCGGAGCUUGCGCCAGAUCGACUACCACGAUGCUCAGGACUUUGCAGAUGAGAUUGGUGCACAACAUUUUGAAACCUCCAGUAAAACAGGAAAUAAUGUGGAUGACUUAUUCCAGAAAGUAGCCGAGGAUUACAACAACACUGCCUUCCAGUUUAUGACAGCAGAGGAAACUGGUGUUGACUUGGGCCAGAAGAAAGACUCAUAUUUCUACUCCUGUUGUCACAACAACUGAUGCUGAGGGAAACAGAAAUGUUCAUCUUUCCUCAGCUGGAGUCAAAACUGGAUAUGCUGGAUGGGUGUAAGAUAACUUCACUCUGGAUCUGGUAUCCAAAUCAGAGAAAAAUAAAUCAGACAGUACUGUUUACACCUGUUAGAUACGUUAAUUUUGUUUGUGCCAUAAAGAACUGAGGGCUGCAAGACUAUGGAAGAGGAUCUGCUACAGCUGCAGCUGACUUGAGAGGGAUUUAAAAAUCAACACUUCCACUUUUCACCCAGUUAUGACCUGUGUUUUAUCCCCACGUCGGCUGGUCACUUUUCUGUAGCUCUGAACUGGAUCAUAUCAUAUGGAGGUGAACAUAUCCCUAAAGCUGUGAAGUCGGAAGAUGUGCUGCAGAUGACCUGCAGUGGUAAGGAAGUUAAAACAGCGCUGACAGAAAAGAGGGAUCCUACUGAACCCGCACUGACAGAGAAAACUUGAUUGAUGCUGUUUACUGUUGUAGCGAGUGCAGCGCUCCAGGAAGUGAAUGUUUUCUUUUUACAGCAGUUAAUUUUUGUUUACUUCCAACUUUAAUUAACCUUGUUGUGGAAACCCAUCUGCGGGGCCUGCACUUCUUCAAUCAAGGAUGGAGUGAAGCCAACGAGGACAUGUGUUAACAAACGAAACCAAACACUCCCAUGUUCUCAGCCAUGCUCCACUGAAAUGAACCCUUAUGAAACAUUUGCAAAUCUGGUAUAACACAUGAAUGAAAGGAUACCAGUGAUCAUUACAAAGGCCUUUAUAUCAGCAGAAGAAAUGACAGGACUGUUUGUGUUUCCAAAAAAUAACUUUCGAGGGCUUUGGCUCUUUAGUGUUUACCAUAACAUUACCACAACCUUUACCAUGUGACAGCCAUGGAUGUAUUAAGAGAGCUGAUGCGGCCUAGCGACUGAGCCUUGCUGCAAAAUUGCCCCUGUAGCCACUUGUGGUACUGCAACGAAAAAAAUCCCCAGCGGCCCAAAAAGCAUUUUAGAAUACCAUUAUAAAAGGGGACGUCUGUCAAACUACUGACAGGACACCUCCACCCGCAAACACGUUCAGUUCAAACAAGGUCAAACUCUUUGUAGAAAGAAGUUUUAAGCCAUGAAUGUUUAAUAUUUGUAAAAGAGUAAAUCUUGUUUUUAUUCAUACGACGCCAUCCCAAUGUAAAGUCCAUAGCUUUUGUGAUUUGCAAGCAGUUUUCCACUGAAAUGAACUGACGUCAUCUUGGAGCCUGUUAUCCAGUUCUUAUAAUACAUCAAUGCUGACAGUAUGUAUAACAUGUAUGGUAUGGUAUGUUAUCUUUUGCAGCAUAAGCUAUGAUUCUGUCAAAAGGAGAGAAAAAAAACAAGCUGAAUUUGGGUCGAGGUUCCUAAAAUGCCUAGAACUGUUACAAAAGUACUUGACCCAAGCUGACGGAAGGAAGAUUUGAAGGACAGUUUCCUGCAUUGAAAUUCUAAAUUUUCCAUGUGGUACUUCUAAAUGAAUACACGUAUUGGAAAUAUGACUUGUCAAAAUAUCUUUCAGUCAUUUUUGGCAAUGAAAUGUUCCUCUGAUGACGAGCUCUGAAAGGUUUAAGGAAAAACUCCACUUCUACAGAAAAAUGAUGUUGAUCAAAGUUUUCCCUUGGCUGUGGUGAGAAAACUAGAUUUAACCAACACAGGAAAAAGCCUUGUGGGUGAAUGCUGUAAUAUGAUAUAAGCUGUCAUCUCUCAAUGUUCUCACAACAAUAUUUACAGCUAUAUUUAAGACUGAAGUCACUUAUUUAUUGCCUUUUAAAUUGUGCUGCCAGAUGUGGGGAAAUAAAUGGACACAAUCUCAGCCCCCCCCCCAUGUUGGUUGGGUAGUGUUCAUGUCCUCUGUUGUUAUAUAUUUUGAUGCACAAUAUUUUUAUUGAAAGUUGUUAAAGAGAGACUGGUGUAAAAUACAAAUAUGUUCUGUAAAAUUAAAAGCUUGUUGAAAGAA